AUGUCUGUCGAAAAAAUCAACUCCACCAAAAAUUCGAACUUCCAACACAUCCUUUCGCAUGCAACAAAAGUUCCUGGUCUGAUAUUCCUGAGCGGCCAAACGCCAACAGAUGUGAACGGCCAAGUCGUUCAAGGGGGAAUAAAGGAGCACACAGCCCAAUGCAUCCACAAUUUAGGAAACGUUUUGGAAGCUGCUGGGUCGUCUUGGGAGAAAGUGGUCAAAGUUAACGUAUACUUGAAGAACAUGGAUAACUUUACUGAAAUGAAUGAAGUGUAUGAGAAGCUUUUGCCCAGUCCAAAGCCUGCGCGGACUUGUAUUCAAGCGGCAAAACUGCCGAACGAUGUUGAUGUUGAAAUAGAGGCGAUCGCAGCCGCAUAA